AUUCAUUUUCUUCAUUCUCUCUCUCUCUGCACAACAGACACCAUCUCUGUACAAAUAUUUCUUUCCUUCCCUCACUCUCUACAAUCCAAGCUUUUAAGACAUGUCAGUGAAGAAUACAGGUGCCGUCCAAAACACUACCUGAGAGUUUAAUCAAUAAUUUUAUCCGAUCAGAUCUCGGGGACUUUCAUGGUUAAGCGUCGGUGGAGAUGGGGAAGAUAGGGAGUGGCUGGUUUUCCAGCGUGAAGAAAGUGUUCAAAAGCUCUUCACGGGAGAAGAAGGAAAACAAUGUAGAUCGAAAAUGGCAGCCGGAAGCCGCAGAAGUGGUGCCACUUGAUCGCUUGCCAGCUGCGCCAGAUUCGCCGGUUAAUGUUAUUGACGGAAAGAGUGAUGAAGAUUCGUCGUCGUCGUCUCCGGCGGCCGAGGAUCGCGACCAUGCCAUUGCCGUUGCGGUGGCGACGGCCGCAGCUGCCGAGGCCGCCAUUGCGGCCGCCCAGGCGGCCGCUAAGGUUAUCCGAUUAGCCGGCUACGGUCGCCAAUCUAACGAGGACAGAGCUGCCGUUCUGAUACAGUCAUAUUACAGGGGAUAUCUUGCAAGGCGGGCGUUGCGGGCAUUGAAGGGAUUGGUGAGGCUACAGGCGCUGGUGAGGGGGCACAACGUGAGGAAGCAGGCGCACAUGACGAUGCGAUGCAUGCAAGCGUUGGUUCGGGUGCAGGCGAGAGUGCGAGCAAGAAGGCUGCAGAUAGCGCAACAGAAGCUGCAGAAUAAUUACAAGUUGGAUGAUGAUGAUGAUGAGAAAGGUGGUGGUGAAAAGUUGCCGUUGCUGGGAGAAGAGACGAAGCUUAGAAGCCCGGUAAUGAAUAUGGAAAGAGAAGGUAAUUAUUACUGGGAUAACAGGAACCAGAGCCUGGACAAGAUAAUGGAAACUGGUCAGAGGAAACGUGACGGUGAAAUGAAAAGAGAACGAUCCCUUGCUUACGCUUUUGCCAACCAGCAACAGUUCCUGCACUGUGAUGCUGAAGCGUUUGGGAACGAGAGGCCAGAAUGGGGAUGGAGUUGGCUGGAGCGGUGGAUGGCUUCACAGCCCUACCAACGCUCUAAACAUACUGCGGCGGCGGCGCCACCGGAGAGCUCUCGCGUCACCAUUUCCACCGUAGACGACGUAUCUGAGAAGACGGUGGAGAUGGACUUCGGCAGCUCUAUCCCGCCGGAAAACAUCAAUUCCGGGCGUCACAGCGUCAACCAAUCAGAAGCAAGCCCGUUUACAUCGCGCGGGCACCGCCGGCAAUCACAGACGAGCUUCGACGGCGUUCCGAGCUACAUGGCGCCGACCAAGUCGGCAAAAGCGAAGGUGAGAAGCCAUGGCGGAUUGAAGAACCUAAGCUCACCUUCGGCCCAAUCGAACACCUCGUCCAAGAAAGGGACAAGUCCUGGGCUCAACUGGGAGUCAGUUUAUCAGGCCCAUAGAAGCCCAAGCCCAAAUCCAAAAGGGUUGGUGAAUCGUGGCGGGCAGGCCCAGUGGACUGAGACGUAUAGCCCAGAAUCAAGUGGAGACGACAAGACGAUGUCGUUUAUGAACCAUGGACGUAGACAUUAUUUUGGUUAAUUAUUUGCCAAUAAUAAUGUGGAUAUUGUGCAUUUGUGUGUUAUAUAGUUCUGAUUACUGAUGUGGGUAUGACGUCAUGUAUUGGGUUUGCAUACGCCUUGUGAGUAUGACUUCUAUAGUAAAGUGUAUUAAUUAUGACUGCCAAAAACAUCGCACACAUUCAUAUACUUAAUUUUAGAGUGUUUUCAUGUUUUCUUCCAAA